AUGAAUGCUAAGGAAGUAUGGCGUGCCUUGAAGAUUAGAUUUCUUGGAAUUAAUCAUGUAAGAAAGGAAGAAAGGGAAAAAGCAGCUCAAGAAGCCGCUGAGAAAGAAAGAUUGGAUGAGAUCACUGAGAAAGAAAGAUUAGAUGCAAUUGUUCAAGAAGAACAAGCACGUAAGAAAGAAGCUCGGGAAGCUAUAGAGAAAGAAGAAGCUUUGCAAGCUGCUUUGGUAAGUGAAGAGAAGGAAAGACUAAAUAAAGAAAAAGAAAGAAUUGCUUUGGAAGAAGAAGAGAAGACGGUGAACCUUCAUAUAUGUUUUCCUGACUCAAACGACCUUGAAGUUAAAGAGAUUGUUAAGAUCAGUGAGAAGCAACAAAGCAAGAAACCUACUACUAAUCAUGAUGAUGAAAGAAAGGAUCUAGUAACGUAUGAAAGGGAGGAUGCAACUAACAAAUCUGCACAUUUAGAACCGUAUGUGAAAAUCAACAGUCGAGCAUAUGUUGAAGAAAAAUCGGAACCAAAUGAAAAGUUCAGAAGAGUAGUCAGAACGAAAAGCCCAACAGGAUCAAAUAUGCCACCAAGAUUCAGGAGAGGAAGAGGAAAGGCACCAAUCACAGGCCACGACCAUGAAGCUGGGCCUUCUCACAGGCGAACUCCAUCUGUUACCAUGAGCACAAGUCCUCAGGAGGACUGGAGGACGUAUCUGGAGCCAGUGAGGCGAUCUGUCUCGCUAAGUUCGUCAACCUCGUAUCACCACUCCUUUGGGCCACACUCAGAAAACGAGCCCCAUAACUCACACCCUUCCUUCAUCCCUCUCCAACGCUCAAACUCACACCACUCCUUCAAUGACCCAACACCCUUUUUCCAGAGCCUGUUCAACCCGGCAAACCUAAUUGAAGAACCAUUGGGUUUUAACCCAUUAGGACCAGAGGACCAUUUCUCCGGCGACCAUGCCAUGGACAUGGACGAAGACACCGAUCCCAUUGAGCCACCGUCCGAAACUCCUACUCAUCCCAUCGAGAUUUCAGAUGGGUCGUCCUUUCACGGAUCACCUUAUCGUGGUCCAGACAGCUACCAGGCGAGAUUUGCCCAAUAUGAUUGGGUGUUUACUCCCUCCUACCACUCGUCUCCGCAUCAACAGCAGCAGCAGCAGGAUCCUUCCGAGGAUUCGCGUUUUGUGGCAGUUACUCCGCCACCACCACCACCAAUGGGUGGGCUUUCAAACCCCGUCUCUGAGGUGGAUUCUGCACCUAUCGCGCCGCCACCAAUGGGUUAUGAUAACCUAAUUCCUGCAUACACCGGUUCAGCGGCGUACAACCCAUUUAAGCAGCCGGCCCACACCAACUACAACUAUGCUGAUGUUGACCCAUACCAGGAAGCAUGGAACUACAAUGCUCUUCAUCCUGAAUGGCCCUAUGGAGGUCCUUGGACCACUAGAUACCCAGCUUAUGGGUACCAACACCCGCCACCUCCUUAA